CCAUAACUCGCGUUCUGAUUGGUCAAGCUACAGUCUUGCAUAAUUGCUUGAAAUUUCCUUCCUUUAUUGCAAUUCAUUGCAUCCGUAAAAUAACGUGACAACGCUGGAAGUGUGAUUCGGAAACCGUCGCUUCCUCAACCACGUUUAAUUGAGUCAAGAUGCCUCACGCUUACCCGUUCCUCACUCCAGAGCAGAAGAAGGAGCUGAGUGAUAUCGCUCUGAGGAUUGUGGCCGCUGGCAAAGGCAUUCUUGCUGCAGAUGAGUCUACAGGUAGCGUGGCGAAGCGGUUCCAGAGCAUCAAUGCUGAGAACACAGAGGAGAACAGGAGACUGUACCGCCAGCUGCUGUUUACCGCAGACGACCGCGUCAAGCCCUGCAUCGGUGGCGUCAUCCUCUUCCAUGAGACCCUCUACCAGAAGACAGAUGAUGGCAAACUUUUCUCCCAGCUCCUUAAGGAGAGGGGCAUGGUAGUUGGCAUCAAAGUGGACAAGGGUGUGGUUCCCCUGGCUGGCACUAAUGGAGAGACCACCACACAAGGUCUGGAUGGGCUGUACGAGCGUUGUGCUCAGUAUAAGAAGGAUGGGGCAGACUUUGCUAAAUGGAGGUGUGUGCUGAAGAUCACUCCCACAACUCCCUCUAGACUGGCCAUCAUUGAGAACGCUAAUGUGCUCGCUCGUUACGCUAGCAUCUGCCAGAUGCAUGGCAUUGUGCCUAUCGUGGAGCCUGAAAUUCUGCCUGAUGGUGAACAUGACCUGAAGAGGUGCCAGUAUGUGACUGAGAAGGUUCUGGCUGCUGUGUACAAGGCCCUGUCUGACCACCAUGUCUACUUGGAGGGCACUCUGCUCAAACCCAACAUGGUGACUGCCGGGCAUUCCUGUUCCCAGAAGAACACCCCCCAGGAGAUCGCCAUGGCUACUGUCACAGCUCUUCGCCGUACUGUUCCUCCUGCUGUGCCUGGUAUCACCUUCCUGUCUGGAGGCCAGAGUGAGGAGGAGGCCACACUCAACCUGAACGCCAUGAACCAGUGUCCCCUGCAUAGGCCCUGGGCCCUGACCUUCUCCUACGGUCGUGCCCUGCAGGCCUCUGCCCUCAAAGCCUGGGGUGGCAAGAAGGAGAAUGGCAAGGCCUGCCAGGAGGAGUUCAUAAAGAGAGCUCUUAACAACAGCCUGGCCUGUGUUGGGAAGUAUGUGUCCUCAGGAGAUAAGGGUGCUGCUGCUGGAGAGUCUCUGUUUGUGGCCAACCAUGCCUACUAAUCACCAAGAAGCCUUUUACAUUUCAAUCCACAUCUUGUUCCUAAAGAAUCUCACGCAUCUGUGCUCUGAACUCCAUUAUUUGACCCAUUCCCUUUUUCUUUCUAGUGUUGUUUACUUCCAUGUAUGAAACAAAACUAUGAAACUAAGAGAUGAAACCUAAAAGAGUAAUAAUUGUAAUUUAAUAACUUGAUGUCCAGAUGUUUUUUGCCCUAAUCUCCUCCCUCUUCCUUCUUUUAAUAAUGAAAUGUUGAACUCUAUAGAGAAACAUUGCUCUUAUACUUGUAGUACUUAUAUUAACUGUAUUUGACUUGCACAAGGCACACAUACCUUUCAGGGGUAUAUUAUUAUUGUUAUUGUUUAAUAUGAUACACACUGGGGGGAAAACAAUAAAGUAUCUUUCACAGCUAA